AUGGAUCAGCUCAUGCCUCCCAACAAUGUGACCGAAUUUGUUCUCCUGGGACUCACACAGAAUCCACAUUUGCAGAAAAUAUUCUUCAUUGUCUUUUUGCUCAUUUUCUUAUUUACUGUGCUGGCUAAUCUGCUCAUCGUUAUCACUAUCUCUCUUAGCACCACCCUUAAGGCUCCCAUGUACUUCUUUCUCACUUACUUGUCCUUCAUAGAUGCCUCCUACACCUGUGUCACCACCCCCAAGAUGAUCAUUGACCUGCUCUACCAGAGGAGAACCAUCUCCUUCGGGGGCUGCCUCACUCAGCUCUUUGUGGAGCACCUCCUGGGAGGAUCGGAGAUCAUCCUCCUCAUUGUCAUGGCCUAUGACCGCUAUGUGGCCAUCUGCAAGCCCCUGCACUACAUGACUAUAAUGAGACAGGGGCUCUGUCAUGUCUUGGUGGUGGUAGCUUGGAUUGGAGGCAUCCUGCAUGCCACUGUGCAGAUUCUUUUCAUGGUCAACUUGCCCUUCUGUGGGCCUAAUGUCAUCGACCACUUCAUGUGUGAUCUCUUCCCAUUGUUGAAACUUGCCUGCAGAGACACCUACAGGCUGGGAAUGGUGGUGGCAGCCAACAGUGGAGCUAUGUGCUUGCUCAUUUUCUCCAUGCUACUCAUCUCCUAUGUAGUUAUCUUGAGCUCCCUGAAAUCCCAUGGCUCUGAAGGACGGAGCAAAGCCCUCUCCACAUGUGGCUCCCACUUUACUGUCGUAGUACUCUUUUUUGUGCCUUGCAUAUUCACCUACAUGCGCCCAGUGGCCACCUACUCAGUAGACAAGCUGGUGACUGUGUUCUUUGCCAUCCUCACCCCUAUGUUAAAUCCUAUAAUUUACACAGUGAGAAACACAGAGGUGAAAAAUGCUAUGAGAAAUUUGUUAAAGAGGAGAGUAACUUAG